AUGGCGUCAGACGCGUCUUCAAUCUCUGUUACUGUUCGUGUUCGUCCUUUCACUAUUCAAGAAGCUGCGCAAAUCAGUGUCUUCGACCCUCCACAGGACAGUCCUAUGUCUCGAUUCCAAUCAAAAGUAGUAUCAAAUAUGGGCAAAAGAGUUAAAGAUCAAACAUUCGCAUUCGACCGAGUCUUCGAUGAUAAUACUACACAAGGAGAUGUUUACGAAUCAACAACUAGAGGGCUUCUAGACAAUGUGCUUGAUGGUUAUAAUGCUACAGUUUUCGCAUACGGUGCCACUGGUUGUGGUAAAACUCAUACAAUUACAGGAACUGCUCAACAACCCGGAAUUAUCUUCUUAACCAUGCAAGAACUCUUUGAGAAAAUUAACGAACGAUCGGAAGAAAAGCAAACGGAAAUCACAUUAUCUUACCUGGAAAUUUAUAACGAGACAAUUCGAGAUCUUUUGGUGCCAGGGGGCAGUAAAGCAGGAUUGAUGUUAAGAGAGGAUGCCAAUCAAGCGGUAUCAGUUGCAGGAUUAUCGAGUCACAAACCACAAGAUGUUCAGGAGGUUAUGGAUAUGAUUGUUAAAGGAAACGAAUACCGAACUAUUUCACCAACAGCCGCUAAUGCGACAUCUUCUCGAUCUCAUGCUGUUCUCCAAAUUAAUGUUGCACAAAAAGAUCGAAACGCAUCAGUUAACGAACCACAUACUAUGGCGACUUUGAGUAUCAUCGAUUUGGCAGGCAGCGAGCGUGCCAGCGCGACAAAGAAUCGCGGUGAAAGAUUAAUUGAAGGUGCAAAUAUCAACAAGUCACUUCUUGCUCUGGGCAGUUGUAUCAAUGCACUUUGCGAUCCUCGAAAGAAAAAUCACGUUCCAUAUCGAAAUUCAAAAUUGACGAGGUUAUUGAAGUUUUCUCUAGGUGGGAAUUGCAAGACUGUCAUGAUUGUAUGUGUCAGUCCUUCCAGUGCUCAUUUCGAUGAAACCCAAAACACCUUGAGAUAUGCAAACCGAGCGAAGAACAUUCAAACCAAGGUUACGAGGAACGUUUUCAAUGUCAAUCGUCACGUUAAGGAUUUCUUGGUCAAGAUUGAUGAACAGAUGGCUAUGAUUAAUGAACUUAAGGCUCAGCAGAAAGAUGCCGAGAAUAUUGCAUUUGUAAAGUUCAGAAAACAGUCAGAAAAGAGAGAUGCUAUUGCGCGCGAGGGAAUGGCACGUAUUCGGGCGGCAUUCGAGAACUCAGCGACUGAGCGUCAGGAGAAGGUCAGCCAAAUGAAGAAACUUCGACAGAUUGAACGCCCGUAUCACGAUAUUGCUUGCUUAACUCGAGAGACGGAACUUUUGAAAGUUAAGGUCGCAAGAGAUUCAUUGCAACAUGUCUUAGACCAAGAAAAAGGUGUCGAUGCGGGUGUUAUGCAAGUGCUGCUCUCUGCCCAAUUCGAGAUCAUGUCUUCGCUUAAUGAAAUUCUUGGUAUGACCGAAGAUGAUGCAGUACAACACGGAAAGAAAACUAUUUCAAAACUUUUGGAGACAUGUUCGACGACCGCUGCCUCAAUAGUGAAACCAGAUGGCUCCAUGAAAAACACGGAAAAAUUCGCUCCUAGCAAACGAGGUACACCAAAACGUAAAAAGCAAACCAAUCUUUCUUUUGAUGAUAUACAAUCACCAAUUAAAAUGCCUUCCCUCACGGUGGCACCACAAAUUCCAUCUCCGAUGAAAGCCUCACCGAGGCGUCGUAAGAUUGUAGUAGGUAAGAAAGGACUUUCUUUCACACCGAAGAAGACCUCCAAGCGAAGUGUCAGAUGGCGAGACGAUGACGAUGCUGGUGCCCUGGCCGAAUUCGAGAAAACUCCCCAGAAGUUUGAAUCCACCCCGGAUGUAUCCUUGGUUGAAGACACUGUUACCCUACCACCUUUACCAUCAUACCUAGGCGAGGUUUCCACGGACCCCCUUGGCUCAUCACCUAUUCCUACGGCUCCACUGACAUCCAUUGAUAUUAAGCCCAAGAACAAUCGAUUCCAAGCAGGAUUCCUGUCCAAAAAGCCCCCCUCGGGAUCACCUCCACCACCAACAAUUACAAAUCUCUCCCCAACGUCUUCGGAUACCGAACAUUCUCCAUUGAGAAUCCUCAAGAACGAGAAAUGGUAG